CUCCGCCCCCUUCCUGACGGUCUACUUAGGGAAGGAGGAGCUGAGGUAAUUUCAGGGGGAAAAGCAUCAAGAGAGCAGCCUGAGUAGAGAAGGAGGGGGACCAGGAAGAGAAAUAAGUGCUGGGUCCUCAUCUUCUUCAAAAGGGAGACGGACCUGGGCUCCUGUGUUGGGGGGCGUUUGCUUCAUGAAAUAAUCUGAAGGAGAAGGCGGCCUUCCCUUUGUCCGCAAUGGAGUCAGCUCUUGAGCCCAGGCUGAAGGCGGAGGAGUUAAACCCAUACAGUGCCGAAGGAGAAAGUGUUCCAGAUGUUCCAGAUGUUGUGUAUUGUGAGGGAAGUGAGGGAUUCUGGGGAAGAGCAACACAAGAUGUCCUGGAUAAAGAGGCAUUCAGCUCAGAGCUUCGCCAACGGCACUUCAGGCAGCUCGACUACCGAGAGGUGGAAGGCCCACGGAAAAUUUGGACCCGACUCCACGAUCUCUGUUGCCAGUGGCUGAAGCCCGAGCAACACUCCAAGGCGGAGAUGCUGGAUUUGGUGAUCCUGGAGCAGUUCCUGGCCAUCCUUCCUCCGAAGAUGGAGCGCUGGGUCCGGAAGUGCGGAGUGGGAAACGGUCCCCAGGUGGUGGCCUUGGCUGAAGCGUUCCUCCUGAAUCAGGAAGAAGAGGAAGAAAAGAAGUUGGAAGAGCAGCAAUCAGAGAGGGAUAUCCUUGAGGCCCAGGAGGUCCCGCCAGGCACUAGUCAAGGUGUCAAGCAGGAGGAUAACAGGGAGACCACUCCUUUGGGAGAUGAGCCAAGAAUGCUAGAAAGCUGUAGUCAUUCAUCUCUUCUUCUGGAUGGAGUGGAAACGGCUUCUGGGCAUCUCGAUCAGGUGACUUUUGAAGACAUCUUUGUGUGUUUUGCUGAGGAGGAGUGGGCCCUCCUGGGUCCGGAGCAAAAGGCCCUUCAUAAGGAAGUCAUGGAGGAGAAUUAUGAAGCGGUGGCUGCUGUAGGUCAUAAUAGUUGGGAAACUGAGAAUGAAGAAUCUCCAUGCAGAAUGCAGUUGGAAAGGGCCAGAUGUUCACAAGAGGAAGAGAGAAGUUCAGGAACAAAAGCAAAAGAGGAACAGGAGGGGAACCCAUUGCCUGCUUCUCACUGUGCUGACGUCUGUGAAAUUGCAAUCCAAGAUGGAACAGACGAAAGCGAAGAGAACAGUAAGUGUCUUAUCUCUGAAAAUGGCUUCCACUGGACUUCUGGCCUGAACAUCCGUAUCACGAAUGACUCGGGGGAAAAGCCGGAUGAGUGUCCGCUGUGGAGAGAGAACGUCAAGUGUAGCCUACACCAUGAGAGGAGUCCUACGGGGGAGAAGGUCUAUAUGUGCCAGGAAACGGGACGGACCUUGACCGCGAAGGCCAUCCUCACUGAGUACGAGAUGAACCAGAAAGGGGAGAAGCCCUACAAAUGCCAGGAGUGCGGCAUGGGCUUCAGCUACAAGUCGUCCUUCAAAACCCACAAGGUGGUCCACACCUUGGAGAAGCCCUACAAGUGCCUGGAGUGCGGGAAGAGCUUCCACUCGAGGCCGCACCUCAACAGGCACGAGCUCAUCCACACGGGAGAGAAGCCGUACGCCUGCCUGGAGUGCGGGAAGCGCUUCAACCAGCGGCGGUACCUCAAGGCCCACCAGCUGAACCACAUGGGGGAGAAGCCCUACCAGUGCCUGGAGUGCGGGAAGAGCUUCAGCUACAAGUCCUUCAAGACCCACCAGGUCGUCCACACCUCCGAGAAGCCCCACAAGUGCCCCGAGUGCGGGAAGUCCUUCCACUGGCGGUCGCACCUUGACCGGCACCAGCGCAUCCACACGGGAGAGAAGCCCUACCAAUGCCUGGAGUGCGGGAAGGGCUUCAUCGACAAGAGGGGCCUGACCACGCACCAAAUGAACCACACCGGAGAGCGGCCCUACGCUUGCCUGGAGUGCGGGAAGGGCUUCACGCACAAAUCGGUCCUCAAAACACACCAAAUGACGCACACGCCAAGGGUCGUCAUAGAAAUGCCAGGGGACUGAAGAAAAGCUCAUGUUUAAGGCCUUUUAUGAAGGACAUAAGAUAAACUACAUACAUCAGGCAUGGGCAAACGUCAGCACUCCAGGUGUUUUGGGCUUCAACUCCCACAAUUCCUAACAGCCAAUAAUAAUAAUGAUAAUAAUAACAACAACUACUACUACUACUUUAUUCUUGUACCCCGCCUCCAUCUCCCUGAAGGGAUUUGGGCGGCUUCCAUAAGAGGCUGUGUUGUUGAAGGCUUUCAGGCCGGAAUAACUGAGUUGCUGUGAGUUUUCCGGGUUGUCUGGCCAUGUUCCAGAAGCAUUCUCUCCUGGCGUUUCGCCCACAUUUAUGGCAGGCAUGCUCAGAGGUUAUGAGGUAUAGGUAAAGGUAAAGGUUUCCCCUGACAUUAAGUCCAGUCAUGUCUGACUCUGGGGGUUGGUGCUCAUUUCCAUUUCUAAGCCGAAGAGCCGGCGUUGACCAUAGACACCUCCAAGGUCAUGUGGCCAGCAUGACUGCAUGGAGCGCCAUUACCUUCCCGCCGGAGCGGUACCUAUUGAUCUACUCACAUUGGCAUGUUUUAAAACUGCUAGGUUGGCAGGAGCUGGAGCUAACAGCGGGCGCUCAAGCCGCUCCCGGGAUUUGAACCUGCGACCUUUUGGUCUGCAAGUUCAGUGUUUUAACGCACUUCACUACCAGGGCUCCCGUUGUGAGGUAUAUUGGAAACUAAAGUUUAUAUUUCUGUGGAAGGUUCAAGGAGGGAGAAAAAAAACUUGUCUGUUGGAAGCCGGUGUGAAUGUUGCAAUUAAUCAUCUUGAUUAGCCAGUAGGCUUUUAGGAAUUGUGGGAGUUGAAGUCCAAAACAUCUAGAGCGAGGGCCGAAUUUGGCCCAUGCCUGGCAUAUAUUGUGACAUAUGACUUAACUGUCUGAAGUGUAAUUUUUUAAAAUAGUUUGUGUAGUCAUACUUUUAAAUUCACUAAAGAUUAGUUUUGGACAGUC